UCUUCCAUUUCCUUUUGUUAAUUAGCAUUACGAAUUCUAUAGCAAUGGCUAGGUUAAUCUCAUUUUCUCUAGUUUUCUUCUCCUUUCUAAUAUUGUUCUCUGCGUCGAUAGCUUCAGCCCAGUUAUCGUCGAACUUCUAUGCUACAUCUUGCCCUAAUGUUCUUUCGACUAUCAAAUCUACGGUGACCACGGCUGUGUCUAAAGAGCUCCGGAUGGGUGCAUCGCUUGUUAGAAUGCAUUUCCAUGAUUGCUUCGUCAAUGGAUGCGAUGGAUCGGUCCUGCUCGAUGACACUUCAAGCUUCACCGGAGAGAAAACUGCCGGCCCAAACCUCAACUCGUUGCGAGGAUUCGACGUCAUUGACACAAUCAAAUCCAAUGUCGAAGCAAUUUGCAAGCAGACCGUGUCCUGUGCUGAUAUCGUCGCUGUCGCUGCUCGUGAUUCAGUUGUUGCGUUGGGUGGGCCUUCAUGGACCGUGCAAUUAGGCAGAAGAGACUCCACCACCGCGAGCCUCAGCACCGCCAACUCCGACCUCCCCUCUCCGACCUCUGAUCUAAGUACUCUCAUCUCGGCGUUCUCCAAGAAAGGGCUCAGCACCACCGAUAUGGUCACCCUCUCCGGAGCUCACACAAUUGGUCAAGCAAGGUGCACAGUUUUCCGAACCCGAGUCUACAACGAGUCCAACAUCGACCCAAGCUUCGCAAAAUCCCUGCAAUCCAACUGCCCAAGCUCAGGAGGCGACGGCAACCUGGCUCCUCUCGACCUCUCAACGCCGAACACUUUCGACAAUUUCUACUACAAGAAUUUAGUGAACAAAAAGGGAGUCUUACACUCAGACCAACAACUGUUCAACGGAGGAUCAACAAACUCGCAGGUUAAUUCUUAUACGUCGAAUUCGGCUACGUUCUUCACUGAUUUUGCGGCGGCGAUGGUUAAAAUGGGGAAUAUUAGUCCUCUUACUGGGAGUAAUGGAGAGAUUAGGACUAAUUGCAGGAAGACUAAUUGAUUGAGGUAAUUAACUGUGUAUGGACUUGUGAGUGCUGCUGUACUUUUUUAUUGAAUGGAUUGACGAAGUUAGUCCAUAAGGAAUAACUUGUUUUUUUUUAAUCACCAUCUUGGUGAUUUGCUUGUGGAAGGAUUUAAGCUAUUUCGGAUUUGUGAUUCCCCAUCAAUUGAAUAUA